GUUGGAAUCAGAAAAUGUGCGAGUUGAUGUCAUAGUAGGGCUUCAAGCGGAUACGUUGAAUCGAAUGAAUACAUCAUCAAUCCUGUCUCCGGAUGUCAACCCGAUCUUUAGAUCGAUGAGCUUAGCGUAUCAUCUUCACUCUGCAAAUGACUAUACUCCACGUGGGAGCCAUGUGCUCGAGGACCUGGCUGAAAGGAAUCCUUGUACAUAACCCUCUGUGGUUCGGAAUUAAUCAUUCCGCUAGACUCCUAAUCGGCGCGCCGGUAGCAAAAGGCCAUACAAGUGCGUAUAUUCAUGUUUUGUACGUACGCAUGUAGUCGCUUCAUUUAACCGUUCUUGGCAGAACCUCAGGGCUACCAUGAUAUAGAACCUCAAACUCCGUUAGUCUACAUUCUAGAAUAUAGCGCUUAGUAUAAAAUCCGGACCAAGGACCAUCAUCAAGUCAAAGAUUCCACACCAUCAAUAUCAACACUUCCAAGCCUUAGUCUUUUCAAACUAAAACCUCCACGAUGCUCUGCAAUAGGCUUCUCCCUCUCGCUACGCUCUUGGGCGCAUCUGUCGCCCAAAGCGCCACGCUCCGGUAUAUGCCGUUCGGUGACUCCAUCACCGAGAUCAUCUGCUGGCGUGCAAAGCUUUGGGAGAAGCUGAAGCCUACCGAGUGGGGAUCUGUGGACUGGGUUGGCUCCGGAAAAGGAGAAAACAACUGCGGAGAUAGUACGUACGACCGCGACAACGAAGGCCACUCGGGUUUCUUGGCCAUCGACAUUGCUGACAAGAAACAACUCGUCGGAUGGCUCCAGGCUAACCCAGCCGACGUUAUCACGAUGCAUCUCGGUACCAACGACAUCGUGCAACAGAACAAGCCGGUCAACGAGAUCAUUGCUGCCUUCACGACCCUAAUCGGCGUGAUGAGGGCUAGUAACCCCAAGACGAAGAUCGUCGUCGCUCAAAUUAUCCCAAUGGGUUUUGGCAACUACAACACCCAGAUUCAGAACUUAAACAAGGCCAUCAUCCCCUGGGCGCAGGGCCUCAACACCACCGAGUCGCCUAUCUGGGUUGUGGACCAAUAUACAGGCUUCAGCGGCACUAGCGACCUGCGCGACGGCGUACACCCCAACGCUUCGGGCGAUGAUAAGAUGGUGAACAUCUGGUACCCGGCUCUUGUUAACGCCUUCCAGGUAGCUCAGACAGACAAGAAAGCCGCUGCUGCGAAGGUUGAGGUCCCAUUCACGGCAUAGAGAAUAUUUACGACUCAUCUCAAACGACAAGGAGAUGCUAGUCUCUUGGUGAUGCUCCUCGUGGGUUUACGCCACAGCUGUUUUGCUUCUAACUACUGUAUAUAUUGAUCAACAGUAUAUAACAAAAUGGAGCUCAAACUGGAUAGUGUUACUGAGGUAUGAAUUGAA